AUCACUUCUUCAGCGAUUGAAACGUCGAAUUUGGGACUCAGCUCAAGUGCUAAGCUCACGCAAUUGGAAAAAAAAAAAAAAAAUCCAUUGUAUCAGCAAAUCGAAUCCCCGCGAAAAGCUCGACCUUGACUCUGAUCAACUCGAUCGCUUCUUCGUGCGUCGAUCCGUGCUCGCUUCGGUUUUCGUCUCCAGGAUCGCCUGAGCUGGGAAGGUGACGUAGAAGGGAGGAUGGAUUUGGCAUCUAGAUACAAGGGUGUUGUUGGGCUUGUUUUCGGCCAUGACAAUUCUUCUUCAACUGAAGACAGUUAUGUGGAACGAUUGCUGGACCGCAUUAGCAAUGGCGUCCUGGCUGAGGAUCGCCGCACAGCUGUUUCAGACCUCCAGUCAAUCGUAGCAGAAAGCCGUGCUGCUCAGCUAGCCUUCGGUGCAAUGGGUUUUCCUGUACUAAUAGGGGUCCUGAAGGAAGAGCGGGAGGAUGUGGAAAUGGUUCGAGGUGCCCUUGAGACUCUUGUAGGUGCCUUAACACCUAUUGAUCAUGUGAAAGGGCCUACAAAUGAGGUUCAACCAGCUUUGAUGAAUGCUGAUUUGCUGUCUAGAGAACCUGAGAGCAUUUCCCUUAUUCUCAGUUUGUUGUCAGAGGAGGAUUUUUAUGUGCGAUAUUACACUCUUCAACUUCUAACAGCCCUUCUCACAAGUUCUCCAAAUAGGUUACAGGAAGCUAUUCUGACCAUCCCUCGUGGUAUAACUCGGCUUAUGGAUAUGCUUAUGGAUCGUGAGGUUAUACGUAAUGAGGCCUUACUACUUCUUACAUAUCUGACUCGUGAAGCUGAAGAAAUUCAAAAAAUCGUUGUAUUUGAAGGCGCAUUUGAGAAAAUUUUUAGCAUCAUUAAAGAGGAAGGGGGAUCAGAAGGUGGUGUGGUUGUGCAGGACUGUCUUGAAUUGUUGAAUAAUAUUGUCCGCCAUAAUGUGUCUAAUCAGAUACUUCUAAGAGAGACUAUUGGCUUCGAUCCAUUGAUAUCAAUUUUGAAGCUAAGGGCAAAUACAUACAGUUUUACGCAACAGAAGACGAUUAAUCUUCUGAGCGUGUUGGAAACCAUUACUCUGUUGAUAUCGGGAGGUGCAGAUGCUGACCCCUCAAAGGAUUCCAAUAGGACAACAAAUAAAGCAGUCUUAGUCCAGAAAAAGGUAUUGGAUCAUCUUGUUAUGUUGGGAGUUGAAAGCCAAUGGGCUCCUGUCUCUGUCCGUUGUGCGGCAUUAAGAUGCAUUGGCAAUCUUAUCGCUGGAUGCUCUAAGAAUCUUGAAGCCCUAGCAAGCAAAGUUCUUGGAGAGGAGCCUCAAGUAGAACCUGCUUUGAAUUCGAUUCUCAGAAUCAUUUUGAGGACAUCCAGUAUGCAAGAGUUUACUGCAGCUGAUUAUGUUUUUAAAUGCUUUUGUGAGAAUAAUGGUGAUGGUCAAAAAAUGCUGGCUUCCACGCUGAUUCCACAACCGCAUUCAAUGACACAAUCUCCCCUGGAGGAGGAUGUGAACAUGUCUUUUGGAAGCAUGCUGUUACGUGGUCUCACAUUGACUGAAAAUGAAGGCGAUCUUGAGUGUUGUUGCAGGGCUGCCAGCGUGCUGUCACACAUAUUAAAGGAUAACAUCCAGUGUAAGGAAAAGGUUGUUCAAAUUGAAAUUGAGGCUCCUACACCAUCAUUAGGAGCUCCAGAACCAUUACUCCAUCGCAUGGUCAAAUACUUAGCUCUUGCAUCUUCCAUGACAAGUAAAGAUGGAAAGUCAAACACAGGACAUGUGUUUGUUCAACCGAUCAUCUUGAAAUUGCUGGUGACCUGGCUUGCCAACUGCCCAAGUGCAGUGCACUCCUUCCUAGAUUCACGUCACCACCUUACAUGCCUGCUUGAGCUUGUAUCAAAUCCAUCAGCAACUGUUUGCACGAAGGGUUUGGCAGCGAUCUUGUUGGGAGAGUGUGUUCUCUACAACAAGUCCAGUGAAAAUGGAAGGGAUGCCUUUACUGUAGUUGACACCAUAAGCCAGAAAAUCGGGCUUACAGCUUACUUAAUAAAUUUUGAUGAGAUGCAGAAGAGUAGUGUUUUUGCCUCUAUAAAGUCAAGCCAGCCCCAGAGGCCAUUGACAAGGUCCAAUGCAGCUAGCAUGGCAGACAUUGAGGAUGUUGAUGAGAAUGAUAUGUCUGAUAAAAAGAGCCGCGAUCAUCCAAUUCUGUCAGUGAUUUUUGAUGCACAUUUUGUUAACUUCAUCAAGGGUUUGGAGGAAAAUAUUAGGGAUAGCAUUGUAGAGGUCUACAGCCAUCCAAAGAGUCAGGUAGCUAUGGUGCCAGCAGAAUUGGGGCAGAAGAAUGGGGAGAAUGACAAGGAGUACAUUGAGCGGCUGAAAUUGUUUGUGGAGAAGCAGUGUUUUGAAAUACAGGGUCUACUUGGACGCAAUGCGACUCUGGCAGAGGAAUUGGCCAAGACAGGGGGUGGUGGCAGUGGUUCAUCCCAAGCUGAGCAGAGGGCAGGUGGGAUUUCGGAGAGAGUCCAAGCAGACAGUCUGAGAAGAGAUCUCCACGAGUCAUCUCACCGCCUAGAAUUCCUCAAGGCAGAGAAAGCCAAGACCGAAUCCGAUUUGUCCAUGUACCGUAAUUUAGUGGGUAAGCUGGAAUCCGAUCUGAAGAGCCUAUCCGAUGCCUACAACAGUCUCGAACAGGCCAACUUCAAUCUAGAAGCAGAAGUGAAAGCUUUGAGGAGCGGAGGCGCCGCACCAGUGCCUGAUCUCAAAGUCGUGAAGGCGGAAGCGAGGGAAGAGGCGCAGAAGGAGAGCGAGGCUGAGCUGAACGAUUUGCUCGUGUGUCUUGGUCAAGAGCAGAGCAAGGUGGAGAGGCUGAGCUCAAGGUUGGAGGAAUUGGGAGAAGAUGUAGAUAAGUUGCUUGAAGGCGUUGGAGACGAUGCGGGGCUUCCUGAAGAUGAAGAUGAAGAGGAAGAAGAGUGAUGGGUAAUUUAUGUGUGUUGAUUCGGACUAUCUUUCUUCAUCCUACUUCCAAGGCAUUAGCAAUGGAAUUUGACUUGCAAGUCUGUACAUUUCCAGUAAAUUGUACAGUCUCUCUAAUUCUUUACUGGUGAAAUGCUGGAUCAGUACCAUCCUCCGUUAUACAUUGUUAGUAUAAUUUAUUUGUUCC